CCGAUGAACCAUCAUGGCAGGAGCUCGACAAAAUAUGACAAACGAACAUGAGGAGUUACCGUGCUAAUGUUGAUAGGGUUGGAUUUAUAAUAACAAAUUGAGAGAAUAGAAAUUAAAUUCAUUUUUGUAAAAUUUCAUCAUAAGGGCAAAAUGUCCACAAUAGUGCCAGGUUCAAGAAUUUUGGGAACUGUCACCCACGUGGAGUUCGGCGCAGGUGUGUGUUACGGAUACUGUCAGUUAUGUGAGGAAAAUGUUGUGGAAGAACUUGCAGAAAAUAUUCAGAGUAGUGUAAAAAAUUGUGCAGUGUUAGAUGGUAGGUUGGGGAAUGAUGAAAUUGUUUUAGCGUUGUUUCAUGAGGAUGAUAAUUGGUACAGAGGCAAGAUUGUCGGAAAAGGCGCCAACAACCUGUCCAUAUUUUUUGUUGAUUAUGGCAACACAGAAACUGUUAGUGCAGACAAUAUUAGAAAACUUCCUAGCUUGCUGAAGCAUGUAGAACCACUGGCGACAAAGUGUGUGUUUGUUGACAUCUCUCCAGCAAGAGGUCAAUGGACACCAGAGGAAGAGGAGGCAGUGAAAGAGAGACUGCUGAAUGAAGAAUACAUCGUAGAAGUUGUUCAGAAAUCUCCACAGGGAUAUUCUGUAAGCCUGCACAGUCCAUCUGCCAAUGGCCCAUCCUCAGCCAGCUCCAUGACAUUACAAAAUGUCAAUACAAACUCUUGUUAUCAGUGCUAUAUUUCGUACAUAGAAAGUGCAAAUAAAUUUUGGGUUCAACUUCAAGAGACCGAAAAUGAAUUAAACGAUUUAAUGAGUCAAAUUGCAGAAUACUGUUCAAGUAAUGCUGAAAGACUUGGAAGUCCACAAAUGGGAGAAUUUUGUCUGGCUUACUAUAGUGAGGACGAGGUGCCAUAUAGGUCACAGAUAUUAACAAGUACCUCAGACAAAUGUCUUGUGCAGUUUGUAGAUUAUGGAAAUUCAGAAUCCAAGUCACAUGAUGAAUUAUUUUCUCUUCCAGCCAAAUUCAUGAAUUUUCCAAUUCAAGGUAUUAGGUGCUGUUAUAAAACUACCAGAGUGAAUCCGAGUAAACUUGAGGACAAGCUGCAAGAACUGUCAGCUUCUGAAGGAGUGGUAAACGUUACAUUUCUGAGGAAAAGUAAUGAUGAGUACACAAUAGAAAUAGAUGAGAUCGAAAGGAUGGAAAGUCGUGGAAACUCGAACAGUUCUCAGACAUUAGAGUCACAGCAUGAAUACCCUGUAACAUCACUUGUGGGUAGUCAGAGUUACGACAUAUGUAUUUGCUUUGUGGAGCACCCUGGACGAUUCUUUGUUCAGCUUCUUGGAAGUUCUGAUACAGUCAGUGAACUGAUGGAUCUAGCUCACGAGGAAUUCAUAUCAAACAGGCCGCUUUCAAGACCCUCUCCCAAACAAUCGUGCCUAGCCAAAAUGAGUGAUGGUGCAGUGUACAGGAGUUUUGUGGAAUCUGCAGGAUCUUCUGUUACAGUCACAUCAGUAGACUUUGGGUUUACAGAAACUCUAGGUGUACAAGACCUCAGAGAAAUUUCAGAAAAAUUGACAUCUAUCCCAGCCCAGUGUGUACAAUGCACCGUAGACCUAACAAAGAUGACACCAGACUACUGGUCAGAAGGAGAAAUAGAAAUUCUGAAAGGAUUUGAAAAUGACGCACCUUUAGUAUCAAAGGUAACCUCAAGUAGAGGAGGAGUGUACCAGUUAGACCUGUAUGAUACAAGAGACAAAGACAUUGAUCGUUAUUUGAAUGAGGAGUUGUUAGGAGUUAAAAAGCAAGGGAGAUCUGUGUCGUCCUAUAAAGAGUCUGCCAGGCAGCCGGUCGCGAGAGUAAGGAUACCAGAGCCGGACGUCCUUGUUGGCAGCACUGAGCUGGUCUGUGUCACUGCGAUGUACUCCAUGAAACAGUUCUACGGACAGCUCACCAAAGUUCCAGUUGAGAAGUUUUCCUCUCUCCAGGAGACUUUAGUGAAGGUUUACGAAAUGGGACAGGAUGUCGUAGCUGACUGUCAGGUGGGAACAUUCUGCUGUGCAAAGUACACGGAUGGAUCCUGGUAUAGAGCUCUUGUUACCUCGGUCACAGGGAGUACCGCAGAGAUCAUGUUUAUUGAUUUCGGCGAUUCCUGCACUGUCCCCACGACUUCGUUGUAUCAGAUUCAUCCUAGUGUUGCUGACACCCCACAACUCUGUAUCAUGUGCCAAUUCCAGAAACCCCCAACAAGUGUCAGUUUGUCAGAUUUACAGACUCUUUUGGUUGAUAAAGUAGUGGAAGUCAAACUUGCGUCCAGGACAGAAGGAGUAUUUCCAACGUUCCAGAUUGAACUAACGAGCCAUUCAAACAAUAGAUCUAUCACCAGUAAACUGUUUGGGAACCAGCACAAGAUCCCACGCCUCCCUCAAGCGGCCAUGCAGAGUGGAAGCAGUGGUGAGAGGAAGGGGAUGGUGGCUAUAGGUGACCAGGAGGAGGUUAUGGUGACACAUGUGGUAGAUCCCGACCACUUCCACUGUCAGCUCAGUAAGACCGCCGUCCAGCUCGACGCCCUAAUGGAGAGUCUGGACAAACACUACUCUGCCCUGGGGGAGUACGAUGAACAGCUGACCAAUGUAUCGCUCGGACAGCACUGUGUGGCUAAAUAUAGCGCUGAUCAAGACUGGUACAGAGCCCAGAUUACAGGCAUGUUGAACAAUGGGAUGGCAGAGGUUAAGUAUAUAGACUAUGGUAACACGGAGUGUUCACCCAAGGAGAAUCUGAAACAGAUCAGCGAUGAACUGAUGACACUACCUCCCCAGGCAGUACUCUGUGGACUGGAAGGAGUUGCCUCACCAGAUGGAUUUUGGCUGCCUGAAAAAGUGGCUCAGUUUGAGGACUUGGUUCUGGACCAAACAUUCAAGGCCACAUUCAAGUCCAAGAAAAUGGGAGAGGACAUCCUGCUGUGUGUCCUGGAAACUCCUGACGGCACCAACAUCAACAACAAAUAUGGCACCAGUACCAAUUCACUCGCUCCUACAGCCAACAACUUUCAACAAAGGGGACGAUUUGGAGACAGACCCUCAGGUGGAAGAUCUAAUGAUUCACGACCAGGAUUUGGUGGUGGAGACAGAGGUAGCCGCCCUGGCUUUGACGGUGGUAGUAGAGGCCCAGGAUUCAGUUCUGGAGGAUUCAGCAGCAAGUCUCCACCUGGUGGCACCACCUCAGGGGAUGGAGGCUGGGAUGAGACCCCCUCAGCUAGUUCAUCCUCCCACAGCUUUGGAGGUGGAGGCAGAGCAGGGUUUGGUGGAUCUGGUGGCUCCUCUGGGGGAGGAUUUGGUGGAUCUAGAGGAUUUGGAGGAAGUGAGGGUGGAUCUAGAGGAUUUGGAGGAAAUGAUGGUGGAUCCAGAGGAUUUGGAGGUGGCGGGGGUGGUUUUAGACGAGAGGGUGGUGACCGAGGUGGAAGUGGCUGUAGAAAAUGUGGAGAGGAGGGUCAUUUUGCCCGAGAUUGUCCUCAAGGUGGAUCAGGUGGUGGAGGUAGGGGCUGUCAUAAGUGUGGGGAGGAGGGGCACUUUGCUCGAGAUUGUCCCAAGGGUGGUUCUGGAGGAGGGGGUGGAAGAGCUUGUCACAAAUGUGGAGAAGAGGGCCACUUUGCCAGAGAUUGCCCCAAGGGUGGUCAAGGUGGAGGAAGGGGUUGUCACAAGUGUGGAGAGGAGGGGCAUUUUGCCAGAGACUGUACAUCAACAAACCAAAGAAGUGACAGAGGAUUUGGAGGCCGUAGUGGUGGUGGUUUUGGAGGAGGUUCCAGUGGUUUUGGAGACCGUGGUGGUUCCAGUGGAUUUGGAAACAAAGGCUCGGGUGGUGGAUUCGGUGGAAGGUCUGAGCGUCCUUCAGGAGGUUUCUCAGGAGGAUUUGGUGGUGGUUCCUCAAAGCCAGCAGCUGAUGAUGAUUGGGGAGACUCUUCAGAUUCCAAGCCCAGAGGUUCCUCGUCAGGUUUUGGAUCCAGGUCUGGAGGUGGAUUUCAAGGAGGAAAGCCCAGUGGUGGAUUUGGAGGAAAGCAAGGAGGUGGCUUUGGAGCCAGUAGAGGAGGAGGUGGUUUUGGUGGUAACACAGGUGGUGGUGGUUUUGGUGGUAGUGCUGGAGGUGGAGAUGGUGGUGCAGAAGAUGACUGGGGAGACAGUGCCACAACCACACCAGCUGCCACGGUUAAGUCCCCAGGAUGGAGUGCCACACCCAAGAGAGAUGGGAAUCAGUGGGGGCAUGAGGAUGCUGACUUGUACAAACUUGCAAGACUCCCUUCAGACAAAGCUGUCAAAGUAUAUGUAGUGUACGUCAAAUCUCCCACUGAAUUCUGGAGCCAGAUGGUCAGCAAGUCCGAAGAGUUAGAGGAAAUGAUGGAGAAAAUGAAUGAAGAGUAUAAUGGCUUAUUUCCCAAAGAGAGAUGUGUACAUGAGUAUGAAGUGGGAAAACCCUGUGUUGCCAAAUUUUCUGAAGACAACAGAUGGUACAGAGGGGAGAUCUCAGAAGUUGAGGAUGACAAAGUGAAGGUACAUUUUGUGGAUUAUGGGAAUACAGAAACUGUAGAUAAAUCUGAAGUGAAGGCAGCAAAUGCAAACUACAUGAGCCUAGAGAUACAAGGAGUCAAAUGUUCCCUCAGUGGAGUGGCCCAGGAAGACUGGCCAACAGAGGCAAUAGAAAAGUUUGAAGAAUUGGUCAUGGAUAAAGAACUAGAGGCAAAUGUUGUCACUUUUUCUGGUGGAUUGUACAUGUUAAAGCUAUCAGAGAAUGAUAAAGAUGUAGCACAGAGUUUAGCUGAUGCUGGACUAUGUAAAGUUUCGUCUUCUCCCAUUGUCAGCAAGUCAGUAGAAAAUCCUUAUCCAGGUCUACCUCAACAAGAAGGAGAGAAAGUCGCAGCCUUUGUGUCUUGGAUUGACAACCCUCACAACUUCUGGAUCCAACCAGAGGAAAAAGCAGAUAAGUUGGAAGAACUGGUGGCAGAGAUACAGGAGCAUUAUGAAUCUGGAGGCAGUGAAGUGGAGAAUGUUAAUCUGGGAGAUCCCGUAGUCGCUAAGUUCUCUGAAGAUGAGGCGUGGUACAGAGCUUAUGUAGAAAACAUCCAGGGAUCAAAUAUUACAGUCAGGUUUGUGGAUUAUGGGAACACAGAUGUUGUUACUAAAGACGCACUACGUCAGGUAGAACAGAAAUUCCAAGAAGUCCCAGCCCAGGCUCUAAGAUGCAGCCUCUCGGGUGUGAAACCUCUACAAACUGGAUGGUCAGAUGACACCAAGGAUAUCAUGCAGAGUUUGGUCCCUGAUGCUGUCAGUGUUUGUUUCAUGGAGAAGAAUUCUGAUGGAACUUGGAAGGUUUCCCUUUCUGCAGGUGAAGUGGAUGUGGCAGAGGAGUUGAUCAGAGCAGCAGUUGUGAGGAAGGAGACUUCAGAAUCCUCUACAUUACUGGUGAAAUCAGAGUUCCCUCCUCAGACCCCCCUACCUGUUGACAGUUCCCACCAGGUGUUCGUCUCCCACACCAACUCCCCCACCAGCUUCUACUGUCAGUUAGCACAGAAUUCAGAUCAGUUAGACACACUGCUCGGAGAGAUAGAGGAACGGGUGGAAACUUUGAAUCCAGUGGACAGUGUGUUGGGGGGCAUGGCGUGCAUGGCAAAGUACAGCGUAGACGAGGCUUGGUAUCGAUCCCUGGUCACUGGUGUCUCUGAAAACACAGCAGAUGUCUUGUUUGUAGAUUAUGGGAAUUCAGAAUCCAUUUCUCUAGAGAAUAUUUGCAAUAUUCCAACAGAACUUCUCAAACUUGAACCACAAGCCAUACACAGCAAAUUGUCAAAUCCAGACGGUGUUGGAGAUGACUUUGGAGACCAAGUAGCAGAUAAAGAGAUGACCCUGAAGGUUGUAGGACAGUCACCCACGUUCUUGACAGUAGACCUCUUCUUUGAUGAUGGAAAACCAGUGUCAGAACCCAGGACUGAAGCUCCAGCGAGUGAAGCAGAGGAGGCUCCAAUGUACAAACAUAUCAAUUACACAGAACCAGCUGGAACUCAAAUUAAAUGUUUUGCCACCUAUAUAAAAUCACCCUCCAUGAUCUACCUUCAGAAAGAAGGGUGUGAGGAACCACUGGAGGCCAUGACAGCAAAACUACAAGAGUCAUCAGGUGCUUGUUCUCUAUUAGCCAAUCCAAAGCCAGGACAGAUAUGUGGAACAAUAUACUCUGAAGACAAGGCAUGGUACAGAGGUGUAAUAGAGGAGAUUAAUGCAGGAAAAGCCAAAGUAAGGUUUAUUGACUACGGCAAUAGUGAAGAAGUGGAAACAAGUUCACUGAAAAACCUUCCAUCAGAAUUGGCAACAUUACCACCAUUUGCCUAUGCAUGUUCUUUGUGUGGAGUUUCCUCAUUGGAUGGAGACUGGAGUUCAGAGGUCACGACCCAGCUGGAGUCCCUGAUUGUAGACAAAGAUCUGACCUGUACUUUUGUGACAGGAUCCGAGGUGAAGCUGGAAGUGGAGGGUAGAGACAUAGGGAAGUCACUGGAGGAAGCCGGCCUGGUGAAGUACGAGGAAAGCACCUGUACUCCCGAGGAACCGGAGCCAGUGAGAGUGACGAGCAUAGAGGAGCAAAUCAUUCCCACAGAGGCAACCACAGCUUAUGUCAGCCACAUUGACAAGGAUCAGUUCUUUCUACAGCUAGCAAGUCAAGAGGAUAAGCUAGGAGAAAUUAUUGAAAACAUUCAGAAUCACUGUGAGAAAGCCAAACCUUUGACAGAGGUAGCAGUUAAUGAAUACUGCUGUGCCAAGUUUACUACAGACAAUUCAUGGUACCGAGCUAUUGUAACGGACAUGAAAGGUGACAUGGUGGAUGUUCUAUUUAUAGACUUUGGCAAUAGUGAUACAGUCACUACAGAUAACUUGCGUACUCUGAGAAUUACCAGCCCUGCUCUGGCGUACCGAUGCUGUCUGACUGGGUGUACCACCAUGUCCACAGAACAACAGGAACUGUUCUCAAAGCUGACACUGGAUGCUGAGGUUACUGUGACAUUUGACAAACAGGUGGACAACAAGCACGAAGUCACAUUGAUGCUGGUGGGGGAUCGUAGUGUUAAUAAAGAGAUUAUACAGUUAGGUGGCGGUGAACUGGAGGUGAAUGGUCAAGGAAUUGUUUCAGAUCUCUCGGAGAUGGAAGAAAGACAAGACACUGCUUCCCAGUCGGUGUUGAUGGAUGAGUCCCAUAUAACCCUGGAUGAAACGGGUUUUGACGAAAAUGACCUGAACGUCACAUGUAAUGGAACAACUGAGGAGGAGGAGACGAUCUCGAGUGUGAGCGAGCUGAAGGCUGCAGCCGUCCAGACCGAGGACAGAGUGGAGGUCACGGUCAGCUGUGUUUACUCCCCCAGCUGUUUCUACCUCCACAUCGGCGACUCCACCCCCCUCAGUGACCUCCUGGACCAGAUGUACGAGUUCUACAGCAACACCCCAGAGUCAUCCUACAAGAUAAAGAAAGUGGACAUCAACACGCCAUGUGCUGCUAAGUUUUCUGAGGAUUCCUCCUGGUAUCGAGCCGUUAUCAAAAAACAGGUGGACGUGGAUAAAGUGGAGGUGAUAUUUCUGGACCACGGUAAUAUAGAGGUGUGUGCCAUUACUGAUCUUCGCCGUCUCCUGAAGCGAUUCUGUGACCUCCCUAUCCAGGGUGUGGAGUGCUCACUGGCUGGGGUAAGGUCCAAGGACGGGCCAUGGAGCAAGGAUGCCACAACUCUCUUCACAGAACUUACUCAGGACAAGACUUUACUGGCAGACAUAAUUAGCCUUGGAGAUGACAACAGCUGUAUUGUACAGCUUCUUCACAUGGGUCUGUCGAUCAGCGAGCGUCUGAUAGAGGAGGGAUACGGGAUCCAGGCGACCACACCCGUCACCAUCAGCAAGAAGGUCAAGCGGGUUUUUUCUGACUCCAGUGAUGUAGCUACCCCCUCACUUAAGCUAUCUGAGGAGCACUCAGCAGUGAAGGAAGAACAGGGCAUUCUGUAUGGCAGGUUUACCCCAGUAGCUGUGGAAGCAGACACUGAAUAUAUAGUUGCUCUAACUAACAUUGAAAACCCUGAAAAUUUCUGGUGUCAACUGGUAGACAAUGUGCCUAGUUUGGAUGAACUAAUGGACAAAAUGCUGAUAAAAUACUCUGCCGUCCGUAAAGGUGACCCAACAUCUAAAAAUAAACUCGAAUCUGUAUCAGAGGACGGUGCACAGAAUGGGGAGGAGGAGUGUAACAAAGGGAUAGGUGGAGAGCUUACAGACGUCAAACCAGGGACCUCGUGCUGUGUGUUUUUCCCAGUGGACGGGCAGUAUUACAGGGCGGUAGUCCAAGAGGUGAACGAGGAGAAUGUCGAAGUGUUUUUUGUGGACUUUGGAAACCAGGAGACUGUCAAGAAGUGCAAUAUUUUCCAGCUUUUGGAUGAUUUUUGUGAAAUGUCUGCUCAGGCUAUUCACUGUCGUCUUGCUGGCAUCGUCAGUCCGUCGUGGGAUUCCAGCUCCUGUGGAAGGUUUGACGAGCUGACGGAGGACAAAGAACUGAUCAUGUAUGUCACAGAGAAGUCAGAGGUUGGGCCGCACCUCGUGGAAUUGUCAGACGACGAGACGUCCAUCACAAGCUGCCUGAUAGAGGGAGGAUAUGCCCAGCCUGACCUCGCCGCAGACGAUGAGGAGGCUGUUGAUCUCGUAUCUUUGUUCAGUCCAUACUCCUGGACUCUGUUAUCAUUGGAUAUGGAGUACGACGUCACGGUGACUGCUGCAGAUAAUCCUCUGCAGUUUUACGUCCAACUCAAUGACUGUAACGAAUUGUCAAAAAUUGAGGAGGAAAUUAACAAAUGUGUAGAAGGAAACCUACAGAAGUUGUCUGACGUCAAGGAAGGUGUAGCUUGUCUUGUUCUCAAUCCAACAGAAAAACAAUACCAAAGAGCCAAAUGCUUGAAAGUUUUCCCGAAUCAGCAAGUACAGGUUUUAUUGGUGGACUUUGGUGAAAAGCUGACCAUUAAGCUGGACUGUGUGUACAGUAUACCUGACAGCCUCAUCCAGAUCCCGGCUCAGGUCUCUGUGUGUGCCCUGACUGACAUAUUCUCUCCCACUGGAAGCUGGAGCAAAGAAACCAGAAUCUUCUUCUCAAAUCAUGUCCAGGAUGUCUCUAUAAUGUAUGUGCGUCAUAAGACGAAGUUCGGGGUGUACAAGGUGACUCUGGACUACGAGGGACAGGAGCUGAACCGUCUAAUAGUGGAUCUAGGUUUUGCCAGGGCGGAGACAGACACCACACUGUUUGAACAAAUGUUGGAGAGCUCUGGUGAUCUAGAAACUUCAUUUAAUGAGCUGGCCCUGGAGAAACAGAAUUCUUUUGGCAGUGAAGAUGGUGGAGAAGAUAAGUCCCUAAAUUUGGACUCAACCCUAGAAACAACAGAUGCCUCUAUUUGCAUGUGCCAUGAUUCUAGUCUGGAAACCACAGGAGCUUCUGACAGCUUCCAUUUCAUCAAUCUCAAAAAAGAGAGGGAAGCAGAGAAAGAUAAGAUGGAAGACCAAGAGAUAAAAGAGGAGGAUGAAUUUUAUGAUGCUGUUGAUGAAGAAGAGGAAAAACCAACUCCAACAAAGGAACCACAGAAUGAUGUAUCUGAAAUGGAAAAGGAAUCCAAAUUGGCAAGUCCAACAAAGUCCAAAGAGCCAAAGGAUCCAUCUGAAGUGGAGAACCAAGAAGAGUCCGUCAAGGAGGAGGAGCAGGUGGAAGAUGAGGAGGUGACCGGAGAUGAGAAGAAGGAUGACAACCUCAACAACAACUCUGAGGAGCCAAGGACUGAGGAGGUGAGUGAGGAACAGCCAUCUGAUGCCAUUGAGGGAGGAAUCAAGGGGGAACCAUCUGUAGAAAAGACAAACAAGGACAAGGAUGAUCUAGCAGGAGAGGUGGUAGAGAGUGAGGGCAUUAAGGAAGAAGAUGUUUGUUUGGAGAGUGUGGACAAGGCUGAUGUAGAGGAAGAUAUGGCAGAGAACAAGGAGAUUGGUGAAGAGGAUGUUUGUCAGGAGAUGGAGGAUAAAUUAAAAGUUGUAGAUGAUGGUGCUACAGGAAACAGGGAAGGUGUUGGUCAGAAAGAGAGUGAAGAUGAUGGGAAGAAAGAGAGUGAGGAUGAUGGAAAGAAAGAGAGUAAAGAUGAUGGGAAGACAGAGAGUGAAGAUGUAGGUCUGAAUGAAAGUGAAGAUACUGAUGUUGUCAAAAGAGAUGGUGAAGAUUCUAGUCAAAUAGACAGUGAAGAUAGUGGUCAGAUAAAGAAUGAAGAGGGUGAAGAGACUGAACAAACUGACGCAGACAGUAAGGGCAGUGACAAGGAUGGUCAGGGAGAGGAAGUUUUUAAGAAAGAGAACGAAGGAGAAAAGGUAUCUGAAGUGGAAGACUCGGGGAAGGUUGUGGAUGAAGAAUUAAAAAAGACUGAUUCCACACAAAGUGAUUCUGAAGUUAUCGGUAGUAAGGAGGAUGGGAAGGGUUUGGUUAAAGAUGAAGAACAGUCCGAUUCGAAAGGAGCCAAAGAAAACUUGGAGCAGUGCAGUGACAGAGUGAUCGCCAAUAUUGACAGCGAGGGAGAAAGCUCAGACGAACCAUCAGAUACCGAGACAGAAAGUAAGGAAGAACCUGAGGGCGAAGGAAAGGAGGGAGGACAAGGCAGCAGAUUGAAAAAAAGGGGGGGGGAUCAAAUAAAGUAGGGGUUUCUUUUUAGUUGGUCAUUUCUGUUGAGGAGCAUUGAAUAUCAAAUGUGAAUUAUAUUUGCCCAAUUUUUGAUAUGCUUAUAUUUGCAAUUGUGUAUUUUUUUUUACCUAGUUGUGACACAUCCAUUAAGUUUGUGUUAUCCGUCUAUGGGUAUAUGUUUUGCUGUUUAUUUUUGGUGCCAAUAGUUAUUUUUUUGAGUGUUGUAGUAUUUAGUUUCAUUUUAAAGUUUCUGCACAAAUAUUGCUGAUCACGGAAAAUGUAUGACAAAUUGUUAUUCAAUAAAACAAUUUCUUGA